AUGUCUGAAUCGCCAGCAGUGACGCCCACCGUUGAGGGCCUCCGGCACCAUCUCUCAUGUCUGAUUCCCGACUUUCUCAAGUGCAUCAACUACACCCAGCCCCCAAAGGCGGACCAAGACGCCCUCCGAGAGGCCCUCCUCGAGAGAGGUCGUCAGGCCGGCGUGCAUGUCGAACCGGAAGAUGGCUCGAACAUGAGGUUCGAAGCCGGUCUCGCCGUAGCCGCAGUAUGCAAACCCGACGGUUCCAUGAGAGAGAUUGACAAGCAUGAGCUGUUCAGACUGACAACUCUUGUGCAGGAGAUGUACCCCCUACACCCCUUCGAUAUCCAGGUUCACAUUGGCCUCUUUACCUGGCUCGGCUUCAUCAUUGACGACCUCAACGCCGAGCUGGGCUCGGACCUCGACAACUUCCAGUCGCGCUUCUUCCGCGGGGAUACGCAGCCCUGCGUCAUCCUGCAGUGCUUCGCCAGUGUCUUGAGGUCGACGACCGACUAUUACGAUCCCGUUGUUGCCAACCUGAUUGUGCUCUCCGCGUUGGCCUUUGUGAACUCCAACGCCAUCGAACUCCGCCGAGAGUACCAGACCAUCGCCUUGACGAGAGAGGCUCUCAGCUGGCCGUACUACUUCCGGGACAAGGAGGGUCUGCCCGAGGUUUACACCUACUUUUGCUUCUAUAAAGAAGUGUGUCCUGACAUCUCCCGCUUCAUGCCUGCGGCGCCAGAGAUGGGAAAGUUCAUCAACUUAACGAACGACAUUUUAUCCUUUUACAAAGAAGAGAAGGCCGGAGAGGUUAGAAACUAUAUACACAAGAAAGCACUUUGUUCAGGCUGUAGUCCUUUACAAGUGCUAGAGUCUACUAUUUCGGAAACUGCAAUCGCUUACACUCGGACGUUAGCUAUUCUGAAGGAUAGCCACCCCUAUGAUGAUAUAUGUGACAGCUGGGACAAAGUUUUCACCCGCCGUCUAUAA